GACGACCAGUUUCUGGAACAGUUGGCAGUCUUCUUGAGGCCCCAGGAAUUAGAAGGAGAGGCUUUGAAUCCCAGCGUUCGCAGUUCCUGCCUUGGGGAGAGGAAGAGACAAACAGAAAUCCAGAGUCCAGCGUUGGCUCCCGAUAAUAAAACGCAUCUAGAGGUGUGGGUGGACGCAGAACCGGGUGACGAGGCGGGUUAGAAUUUUCCCUGGGAGAGAAGCCCCGCAGCCCACCACCGCCGGGGCCUGGCUUCCCCCAAGUAACGGAAUCCGCGUCUCCAGGCCAGAUUUUCCCUCUAGCCAUUCCCGGCCACGCACAGCCGAGCUGCGAGCGCACAGAAAGGGAUGUCUUCAUCGCUAACCAGGAUGGAACGAGCCCGCCCGCUCCUGGAGCGCUGAGAAGCGAAGGGUCCCUCCAGCGCCGGCAGCAGCCAACAUGACUUGAGCGUCCCCAUCCCGCGGUCGGUCCCUACUCUCCGCCGUCCCCCCACCCCCGUCCCCCACCCCGCGCCCCAUCCUUUCCGGGUGCGCGCGCACGAGCCGGGGAGAGCUGUGUGCCGGCAGCCUGCGGGCGGCGGCGGCCGACAGGCUCGCGGGGAGCGGGCUGGCCAGGGGCGGCGGCGGCGGAGCUGGCGCAGCAGCCGGUCCCCUCGGGCCGCGCCCCGCCCUGCGCCGCUACCUGCGCGUCCCCUCCCGGCUCCUCAGCCCCGGGCCCGCGGGGGCUGUGGGUGUCGCAUCGGCAGAGUCACCGCGUCCGCCAGUUUGGAGAGCGGGCGCUGGGCUCCCGGGGGCGCGGGACGAGCCCGUGUGCAGCCCCGCGAAAGGGGACGCCAGCGUGCGUCCCUCCCCGCCGCGCACCCCGCGACGAUCGGGGCGGGGAGGAGAGAACUGCUGUGACUUUUGAGGUCCGACUCCUCCUCCGGGCCGUCUUCCCCACCCCCCCACCCCCCCCUCCCCGCAGGGAGCGGGGCCAGCGCGCCGGGCAGGCCCCGAAGGCUCGCUGCGUGCUGUCGGCACUUGGAACGUGUCCGGGAGCCCGCGGCGCCGCGCGCGCUGGUGAGUUGGGCGCGGGGUGGUGUGUCCCCCACGGCCGGGAGGGGCGGGGCGGGGAGGGACGUCGCGCUCGGCUCCUCCGCCCGCCCACUAGGGCUGCCCCCACUUUGGGAGUAAUUGAGACUUGAGCGUGACUGCGGAGCCGCGAGGAUGCGGGCGCCGCGCGCGGGCGUCCCCGCCGGCCCGAGUGAUGGAGCGGGUCGGUGAGCCGAACAAAGGCGCCCGCCCCGGGGACACGGUCCUUGGCUGAAGACCGCCGGCCGCGUGCCGCGACAACCGCCCGCCCACUAGGGUGGUGGCUGUGCGGCCCGAGGAGCGGCGCACUCCGCCGCGGGGCGGGUGGCGAACCCAGAGGCGGGCACCUGCGCGCCACUCCCGCCGCAGCCCCGAAGCGACCCGCCUACCGGCCCGAAGGUCCCAAAGGUCCGUUGAACCCACGGCCGGCGGCUCGAGGUCCAGCGGCGAGGCACUUGCCGGUGCAGAGACCCCCUGCAGCCCUUCGUCCGAAGCCGCACGCCGUGGACUGAGGAGCACUUGUGCAGAGCCCGGGUUCGAGCGGUCCACCCCGCGCCCCAGACCGUUCCGUCCUCCCCGCCGUCUCCGCCGCCCGCGCACCCGCGCGCUGGGCCGGGCUCCCCGCCGGCCGCCCGGAGAGUGAGGCUCGCACAGCCCCCGGGUGCCCCGCGUGUCGCCGGAGCCCCAGGGGCGCGGGGUCCGGGGCUGGGGCCGGCCGGGCGUGUUUGAUGGCUUCACUGAGAAGAGUCAAAGUGCUGCUGGUGUUGAACUUGAUUGCGGUGGCCGGCUUCGUGAUCUUCCUGGCCAAGUGCCGGCCCAUCGCCGUGCGCAGCGGAGACACCUUCCACGAGAUUCGGCCGCGCGCCGAGGCGGCCAACCUCAGCGCGCACAGCGCCAGCCCCAUCCAGGAUGCGGUGCUGAAGCGCCUCUCGCUGCUCGAGGACAUCGUCUACCGGCAGCUGAAUGGCUUGUCCAAAUCCCUUGGACUCAUUGAAGGUUAUGGUGGGCGGGGCAAAGGGGGCCUUCCUGCUACCCUUUCCCCGGAGGAAGAGGAGAAAGCCAAGGGUCCCCAUGAGAAGUAUGGCUACAACUCCUACCUCAGCGAGAAAAUCUCACUGGAUCGCUCCAUCCCGGAUUAUCGGCCCACCAAGUGUAAGGAGCUGAAGUAUGCCAAGGAGCUGCCCCAGAUAUCCAUCAUCUUCAUCUUCGUCAACGAGGCCCUGUCGGUGAUCCUGCGCUCCGUGCACAGCGCCGUCAACCACACGCCCACGCACCUGCUGAAGGAAAUCAUCCUGGUGGACGACAACAGUGACGAAGAGGAGCUCAAGGCCCCCUUGGAGGAGUACGUACACAAGCGCUAUCCCGGGCUGGUGAAGGUGGUUCGCAAUCAAAAGAGAGAAGGUCUGAUUCGAGCGCGCAUCGAGGGCUGGAAGGCAGCCACGGGCCAGGUCACUGGCUUCUUCGAUGCCCAUGUGGAGUUCACGGCUGGCUGGGCCGAGCCAGUUCUCUCCCGGAUCCAGGAGAACCGGAAGCGCGUGAUCCUCCCCUCCAUCGACAACAUCAAACAGGAUACCUUUGAGGUGCAGCGCUACGAGAACUCAGCCCACGGGUACAGCUGGGAGCUGUGGUGCAUGUACAUCAGCCCCCCGAAGGACUGGUGGGAUGCAGGAGACCCUUCCCUCCCCAUCAGAACACCCGCCAUGAUUGGCUGCUCCUUCGUGGUCAACAGAAAGUUCUUUGGUGAAAUUGGUCUUCUGGACCCUGGGAUGGACGUGUAUGGAGGAGAAAAUAUCGAACUUGGCAUCAAGGUGUGGCUCUGCGGGGGCAGUAUGGAAGUCCUGCCAUGCUCACGGGUGGCCCACAUCGAGCGGAAGAAGAAGCCGUACAACAGCAACAUCGGCUUCUACACCAAGAGGAACGCUCUCCGAGUCGCGGAGGUCUGGAUGGACGAUUACAAGUCUCACGUGUACAUAGCCUGGAACCUGCCACUGGAGAAUCCAGGAAUCGACAUAGGGGAUGUCUCCGAGAGAAGAGCAUUAAGGAAAAGUUUAAAGUGUAAGAAUUUCCAGUGGUACCUGGACCACGUCUACCCAGAAAUGAGAAGAUACAAUAACACCAUCGCGUAUGGGGAGCUUCGCAACAACAAGGCGAAGGACGUCUGCCUGGACCAAGGCCCCCUGGAGAACCACACGGCAAUCUUGUACCCGUGCCAUGGCUGGGGACCCCAGCUGGCCCGCUACACCAAGGAAGGCUUCCUGCAUCUGGGGGCCUUGGGGACCACCACACUCCUGCCCGACACCCGCUGCCUGGUGGACAGCGCCAAGAGCCGACUGCCCCAGCUCCUGGACUGCGACAAGGUCAAGAGCAGCCUGUCCAAGCGCUGGAACUUCAUCCAGAACGGCGCCAUCAUGAACAAGGGCACGGGGCGCUGCCUGGAGGUGGAGAACCGCGGCCUGGCGGGCAUCGACCUCAUCCUCCGCAGCUGCACGGGACAGAGGUGGACCAUCAAGAACUUCAUCAAAUAGCUGACAGAGCCCCGGAGGAGCCGGCAGGGCACAGAACAGGCUGGCACGGGAGGAGCGGCCUGGGCUUCCCUCAGGCCGCAGGACUUUCUGGCCCUAGCGUCGUCCUGAGACUGUGCCCCCUGGCACAGCCUGCUGGCCCCCCAGAGACCAGGAGCACAGGGGGAGCCUCCGCCCCCACGGCGCCCCCACCGCUGCUGAGAGCAGGGCCCCUCCUUGUCCUUGCCUUGCGCAGCGGCAGCUUCUGGGUUCCUGCCUCAGCCAAGCCAGCCACACCCUGCCUGCCCCUCCUCAGAGGAGGCAGCCACAUCCCGAGACUCAGUUUCCCUCGAGGUUCCGCCUGCCCAGACCUUCGUUCACUCCCCAAGGCUGCUGCCCUCAAACCUUUCCAAGAGGUGACCAUGGGCGGGCAGCUCUGGACCAGCCUGGGAGUCUGCCGGGGAGCUGCCACUCUCGCAGCCACCUGGUCACCGGGGUCCUGACCCUCCGCCUGGGGCUUCCGGUUUCCCCCCUACGUGCGGGGACAGGGAGCUCUGCCUCCUGGAGGUUGCCUGGGGGAUGCAGCCAGGGGCCAGGUCCUCGGGGACUCUUGUUUUCCCGCGUGUGACCCCAGGCGCUGCCGGUGGGGGUGGCGGUCGUUCCUCUCUGAAGAGUAAGACUUUCCCGUUUGCCCUCUGGCUAGGGUGCACUUGUAAAUCAGAGUUAAUAUAUGGCCACGUGUGCAUGCGCAUGCGCAGGUGCAGCUGCGUGCGUGCGUGCGUGCGUGUGCGUCCGUGUGCAUGCCUGUGUGUGUGUGAAUGCAUGUGCGUGCACCUGGGCGUGUGUGCGCGUGUGUGCGCGCGUGUGUGCGCGUGUGGACGUGUGACUGCGAGCCAGAGCAGUCCUGGAAAACGGCCUCGAUCUGGUCACUUCAUUGUUAGAGGGGGUCAGAUGGAGGCUACUGAGAUGCUGGCGGGAACGUGGCCACCUGCCCCCGGCCAGGGGCCCGGCCCAACCUGGUCCUGAUUGGUGCCCCCAGCCAGAGGGCUGUCCCUUCUGCCAGUUUUCCAUCUCUCCCUCGUGCCGUCCCCAGCCCAGCCCCUGCCCGGAACCCGGCUCUGUAGUUGUCCAGUUUGGGCUCCCUCGUGUCUCUGUUGGUGGCAUCUUGUUGGCGUUCCCCCACCCCGCCCGCUCUGUGGUGAAAUAAAUACAUGAGAGCA